CUUGCAAAUUUACAUGUCAGUGUGCAUUCCCUGCAGUGACUCUCCAUCAAAGCAGAAGUACAGAUCCAAGCCUUCCUCUGUUCAGCACUGUAGGGUACUAACGUGAGCAAAUGAUCUAUUCUGUUCUUCAUGUACUUGCUGUUAUUAUGAUUCCGGAUGCAUUUUAUUGAGUUAUUACUUCAGACCUUUUAGCUAAUGAAUAAACUUUUUUGUAUUUUAAAUAGCCAUAUGGUCAUUUUUGUAUUUUAAAUGGCCUAGUUCGCAAAAAUAGGUUUUUCAAAAAAUUCCAAAUGGUGGAAAAUCCAAUAUGGCGGACUUUAACGGCAAUGGGUGCAUUGGAAUCAAAAUGAUGACCCAAGUUUUCAGGGGGAAAAACCUUAAAACCCUAGGACAAACGGUUCACAAGUUAUAAGCAAAAAUGUACCUUGAAAUUUGGCCUGUUGGUGACGCUACAGAGAUGGAUGGAUUGACCACAAAUUUGAUGCCUGGAUACAUUGGACUGUACUUUAUCAAUGUGCCAAAUUUCAUCAAAAUCCACCAAGGGGUUCUAUGAGCUGCCAUAGGCUCCCAUUGUGGAAAGUAUAAUAAUACUAACAGUUACAAUAGGUGCCCUGCACCUUCGGUGCUUGGCCCCUAAUCAUUUAUCCAUCUUAUGUAACUCUUACCUAGUGUCGUUGUUUUUACAAUUAAAUGCAAUCCAAUUAAAGACAUUUGAAUUGAUUUAUUUCAUCAUUAUUGUUGUAUUUAGAUUAUUUCUAAUCUCAGUAUAUGAAAACUGAAUCUAAAAUCUAAAAUGAAGUGUAUUAUAAAGGCUACAAAUAAUAGGUCUCACUUUACAUAACCCAGUGUGCGUUCCAGUGACAAAAUUAUAGGUUACACUCAGACAGGCGAAAAACGGUUUGAUUCCUUUCAACUGUUCAUCAAUAGGCUACUAUGCCCUACUGCGGAUUUAAGCGCUGCAUAUUGCUAUUUGUUUUAAUUUCAACCAUGAAUUUGAAUGACAAUGUUCAGCUUUUAGCUUGCUCAAAAACAGAGGCAAGAAACAAGAAGGAUUUUCGGAGAGUCAUGCGCCUUGUCAUAAGACGGGGCUUUUAUGGCAGUUGCGGACAUAGACAAUUAGGAAGUGAUUAGAUAACUGGAGUGUGUUCUUAUCAUAGGUUCCUAUUCAGUUCAGUGGUCGUGGGACUUUAUCCUAGACUGUACCACCCCCUUCUUGUUUCACGAUUGGUUGCAUAGAGACGUGCAGCAGAACCAGGAAGUGUGGAAAGGCUACUGUAUCUUUUGCAGGGACAAACCAGGAACUGCGUUCAAAAUGGUGUCACUUAUCUGCACGCUCCAGCACCACACAGCUGACGUAAACUGGUGUGCGUUCUCUCGCAACCUGCUGGCAACUUGCUCUUCCGAUAAGACUAUUCGCAUAUUCUCCAGUCUUGAUUUCUCUGAGCUUCCAUUCUCCCCACUCACUGGCCAUGGGUACGCGGUCCAUUGCUGUUGCUUCACACCCUGCGGGCAGUUCCUAGCAUCUUGCUCAACAGAUGGCACUAUGAUUGUUUGGAGCAUGGGCACGGGAGAAAUGGUGGACGCGUUUGAUCAUCCUGGUCGAAGCCCAGUCAGAAUUUGCGCUUUGUCAGCCGACUCCUCCUACUUGGUUUCCGGAGCUUCUGAUGGGACAUUUGCGCUUUGGGACUUCAGCUCCAGAACACUGCGCAGAACUGGGAUUGUGGACGAAGCUUCGUUGGUUGCAUGCUCCGUGAGUCCGUGUGGUCAGAUAUUCGUCACAGGAUCCACCAAUGGGGAUCUGAGAAUCUGGAACCUGGAAGCGAAGCAGCUCCACGCUGAGAGGAAUGCCCACGACCUUGGGGUGACCUGCUGCCACUUUUCUUCCCAGAUUCAUAUUGAGGGAGAGGUGGUGACGGUUCGAUUGGCCUCCUGUGGCCAGGACAGCCUGCUGAAGAUAUGGACCGUCUCACAGCUCACUCCUGCAGGCUGUACCAUGCAGCUGGUGCACACCCUCACCGCACAGUCCGCCCCGGUGCUGUCCUGCUCCUUCUCCUCUGAUGGACGGCUGCUGGUCUCCAGCUCUGUGGAUAAAACUGUCACAGUUUACAAUGCUAGCCAAGGAGACUUGCUUCACACUUUGAACCAACACGAAAGAUACGUGGCGGCGUGCGCCUUCUCGCCCGGGGCGUCUCUGAUGGCCACCGGCUCCAUGGACAGGACGGUGAACGUGUGGAGGCUGGGGGAUAGAGUCAUAGAGGGGGGCGAGGGAGGAGAAUCGCUGGCUGCUGAAACCACAAAUGCUUCUUGGAAAGGGAAGGACCGGCCGGGGGGUCACACGAGGCUGCUGGUGAGGGACUGGUCCGAGGAAGACGUCCAGGCUUGGCUGCGGGAGGAAGGGCUGGAGGCGUUGGCCGGCACGUUCCGGAACAACGACAUCGACGGGGCGGAGCUCCUGGCCCUGAGCAAGGAAAGCCUGGCCGCAGAACUGAAAAUCGAUUCAGUUGGCCUUCGGAAUAAACUGAUCCGGAGGAUCGAGGAGCUGAAGGCGACGCUGGUCUGCACGGACGGUCCGGACGAGUACCUGUGCCCCAUCACCAGGGAGGUGAUGAAAGACCCAGUCAUCGCCGCAGAUGGCUAUUCCUACGAGAGGGAGGCAAUCCAGUGUUGGAUUGAUUCAAAGAAUCGUUCCAGCCCCAUGACGAAUCUACCUCUGCAGACAACUAUGCUUACUCCAAACAGAACCCUGAAGAUGGCUAUAGAUCGCUGGAGGAGCAGUCGGUCGUAAGUAGUCGGCCUAACUCAGAAAAACAAUUCGGAGAAACUAAGGCUACUAGAAAUGGACAAUUGAAUGAAUAACAAUCAAUCAAUUUCUGAACAUUCAUAUUUGUUGAAAAAAAUGUCAGCUCCAGUGGACACACUGCAUAUGCAUAUGACUGACCAUGGACCAACUGCACAUGUAUGUAUGUGUAUAUGAUUAUAAUGGACCUGCUGCACAUGUAUGUAUGUGUAUAUCAUUUACCAUGGACACAGAAAAUGUAUGUAUAUGUGUAAUAAAUAAUAACAAUUUUAAGGUUU